ACGAUGAGGACACUUUGGAAGAUGACUUCGAAACUGAAAGGUGUUUGAUUUACUUUCUUGAGUACGUUCGUUCUUGUCAGUACAGAUCUUUGGCGAUAACAAUUACAAUAUGGGAGAAUACUAUGACUUAUUGGAAAUACAACAAUCCGCUACAGAAGAAGACAUCAAGAAAGCUUAUCGAAAGCAAGCACUGAAAUGGCACCCAGAUAAAAAUCCUGAAAAUCGUGAAGCGGCUGAGGCUCGCUUYAAAGAAAUUGCUGAGGCWUAUGAGGUUCUUUCAAACAAAGAAAAAAGAGAAUUAUAUGAUAAAUAUGGAAAAGAAGGGCUACUUUCACAAAACAGGGKCUCAGACGACGGAUUUAGUGCGAGUGGAGUUCAUGUUCAUGUUUUCCGUUCACCAGACGAAAUAUUCCGCGAAUUCUUUGGUGCCUUCGAUCCAUUCGAAGAUUUUUUCGCGUCUGCUAUGUUUUCCGAGUCACCCUUUGAAACAGAACCACAGCGAAGACGAAGGAGGCAAAAUAGGGGGUCUUCAAGACGUAGAAACCAACAUCAGUUCUUUAUGGACGAUUUUGAAGAACCUGAAAUAACGUUUAUUGACGUGGAUAAUGAUUUCGGUACUGGCGUUCAUCACCACCACCACCAUCAUCACCAUACAAGGCCGUCUAGAAGACACAGACUUCGACAAUUCCAUCGCCCUUCGAUGGUGGAUCCAUUCUUUGAACAGUUUCCAUUCGGGUCACAAAUGAUGUUUAGAGACCCUUUCAUUCAAAUGGAGAUGCAAAUGCAAGAAAUGAAUAACAUGAUGUCACAAAUGUUUGGUCGAUUUUAAAUUGUAUUUGAUAUAAUCCACUACUUCUACCAUUAUUUAUUACAAGCUGUAACAAUCAAAUUUUCUUAUGGAGAAAUAUUUGAGAGCUAUUUUUGUAGAGUUGUUGCCCUUUAAGAUGUUUAGCACUGCAGUCGUCCAAACAGUUUUAACUAAAGGGAUUUGGAACAUUUCUUUAGAAUUAAAAAUGGGAUUUGAAAAAAGGAGAAAAUUAUWAACAAAAGUUAGAGAUAUUCCCUUACAUAUAUGUGUUUUCAAUUGUAAUUUUAUUAUUUAAACAAUGCGUGAUUUUGAAAAUCAUUGGAAUAGUUAAGUAUAUUGAGAUAAAUAAAUAUUGCUAAAUCUUC